CGUUUACCAACCUGGCUUCUCCCUUCCAACUGACAUCCGGUCCCACUCGUUGGACCCCACAUGUCAGGCACACAAGGAAAGAGAAAUGAAAUGCCACCGACCAAGCGCACCUCGGCUCGAGCGUCCGCAUCCUCUAGAACCCCCUCUCUUCCUUUCCCGCUUUUUGCCUUCCCCCUCUCCUCGCCUCCUCCGCCCCGCCCCUCUCCCGGUUCCGGCUAGGGUUUCCACCGCCGGUGACGAAGAGCUGGAGGACCCGAUCGCGCCGCCGCUUCGUGGUGAGUCGCAUUCCAUGGAUCUUCAGGAGCAUCAUGACCUCAUAUUUGGAGAGGAGUUCUGUUUUCCUACCACCACAACUUACUAUCCAGCUCUCUAUGCUCCAACUGGAAUUAAUGUGCCUCCCCAGUUUUAUCAUCACCAGACAAUGUCCAGAUGUGACAAUCGAGCUCCAAAUUACAUGGGUCACCAGGCGCAAGGCACAUCAUGCAUGUAUUAUGUUGUACCUGAAUAUGGGAUUGCCCAUUCACCCCAUGAACCUGACCCUUUGCACCCUUGUGCCAUAGGCGAUGGUAGGUUUGUCAGAACCCAAGAGUAUCGAGCUGAAACUGUGGAGCACACAUACUAUCAACCAGUUCCUGUACCCCACUAUGCUGCCCUUCCAUCUGCAGCGGACAGGACCCCAGCUACCACCGCUCAAUCUCUUGCAUACGCCAAUGGCCUGUUUGUCCCCUGUGGACAUAAGCAAACCGUAGCUGUUACCUCAGAAAGGGGUGUUGCAUGGAAUCAAUCUGUACAGCAAGCUACUACUUCUUCAAUGGAAUUUCAAGGCCAUACUUUGCUACCGAGCGGCGCGGUGGGAUUCGCGGCGGGCGGUCGCGCAAUGGCAGACGGCGUUGCGGGAGCGCCACCACCACCCCCUGAUUUGGUGCAGACCAUUGCGGCCAUACUCACUGGGCGUGACAAGCAAACGGCGCACCUCCGUCAACUUGUGGAGCAAGGGGCAGCACCACGGCCAGGACACCACACGCCACCUGUUCCUGGGUACCAUGAGUUCCUGGGGACCCAGCCGCCGCUAUUUCACAAGGCAGACGAGCCGUUGGAGGCCGACAGAUGGCUUAAGAUCAUAGAGUCCAAGUUCACUCUAUACCCAUACAAUGAGGGGGACAAGGCAGGAUUCGCAGCUCAGCAGCUCAGGGGUCCCGCACGUGCGUGGUGGGACAACCACGUGGCCAUGUUUCCUGCUGGCACUCGAUUCACUUGGGCGGAGUUUAGAGAAGCUUUCAGGGCACAUCAUGUCCCAGCAGGGGUGAUCAGAAGGAAGCUUACGAAGUUCUUGGCUCUGAAGCAGGGCAACAAUAAUGUGAUGCAAUAUGCUCAGAAUUUCAACACACUCUCACAAUACGCUGGGUACCACGUGGACACGGAUGAGAAGAAGCAGGUGUAUUUCAGACAGGGGCUUAGCAGCAAGCUCCAGGACCGCCUGGCAAUGUUCAAAUUUGGCACUUUCAGUGAGCUAGUCAAUGGGGCUAUCGUGUAG